ACAAUCAUGUACAUGUAGAACUCUCGACUUAAAACAGGUUAUUCCUCACCAGACCUCAAUAAAUCCGAAAGAAUUGUCCUUCAUCCCAACCCGUAGUUUGCAUCCCGGAAGUGGGGUUGUUUACGGAAUCAAGAGGAAACGCGUUAGCUCAGCUUAAACAAAUUGAGACAUUUUAGCUAAGCAACUGAAUAACGACUAUUACUAAACCAGUCUCAAUCUGCACUGUAUGCAUGUUGGAUAAGUUUUAAAUGUUUUUGACGACAGAUUAUCCCGCGGUCUUACUCUGUUACGCUAAAUUGAUUCAAAACUGGCUUACCUAGCUAGUAUGCUAACGAUUUUUUAAAAAUCACCUGUGUUGUUUAUUGAGUUUUACGUGCGUGGAAAUGGAAGUAACCAAACGAUAAAUGCGGCUAAGACAAUUUACUUGUACUUCUGUUGAACGCUGUAACACAUUGCGCCGUCAGUUCACUACCUUGCUGUGACAGGCAAAUUCCACAUUGAUACAGCUUUUGAACUGCUUCUCGAAAGAUACCUCUUUAUUGAAAUAGAAUCUGAGGGUUGCAGACAAGUGGCAUAAUGGCUGAGACGAUAGUAACCUUUCAGUCCCAGCUGUCGGGGGUGAUGGAAACAGUCUUCAAAGCUGCCAUGUAUGAAAUCACCAGGCUGGUGGAAGACAGUUUUCUGGAGGAGGUGACACGGUGCAGGGACCAGAUUGAGACCCUGAAGAGGCGAUUGAAGUGGUCGGAGAGUCGACGUAAGGAAAGAGAGGGAGAAAAGAAAGGGAGAUGUGUGAACUGCGAAAGGGCCGGGGGUGCUAGUGAGGAGGAACCCAGAGCGACAGAAAUAAGUCUAAAGCAGGAGAGUGUGCUGCAAGAGGAGACAAAUAGCUCCACAGGACAUGGUGGUGAGAAAACUCACAAUGAAGCUGAAGAGGCACAUAGUGAAAUAAAAAUACAACAGUCUCCAGAUGAAAAACUGGAAAGACUGCUCAAGGAGGAAGCCCUUCAGAUUACACCAGAAACGAAUGAGUCGCAAGAAAGAUGGGUUGCCAGUGUGGAGGAAACAGAUGCAUCAGGUCAGCCGGGGCCCAGUAAACGUUACAGUGACCAGAAGAUCCCUAAGAGCCAUGUGAACUGGGAAGCUGGUUUCAAUCAGAGACCAGACUCAGGCCAAGGUGGUCAGUCAGGUGACCCAUGUGAAUCAGUUUUUCAGACCAGGUAUGGAAUGGAAGACUUGGGUGGUUUUGACAAGACUGGCUAUGGAGAUGCAGACAUGAUUGAUAUGGGUAACUUGGACGGCUUACAUGGAUCACCAUCUCACUUAGGUGAGAAUAUGAGUUAUGUUGGGAACUAUGAGGGGGAUGUGGAUGCACCAGAAGGGGCUGAGAAUCAUGUGUACCAAGCAAGCACUCCACAGAAUAGAAGGGGCCUGGUCAACUGUAGUGGAGUCUCACCCUCAAGGACUAAUGUUGAGGUGAGUGGUGAGUUUAGCUGUUUAUUGAUCAAUGAAGAAGGGUAUCUACAGGACCCAAGUGUUUUGUACCCUGAACAGGUGCCUGGUGAUUCCGGAAGCAGGUUGAGCCUCCGAGGCCAUGGUAUUGACCCAUCUUUGGAGGGCACAGAGGAUAUGUACGGGCCCUCAGUUGGCUACAGUGAUACCUUUAUCUUGGGUGAGAGGUUGCAGAAUCAGCAGGGAGGAAGAGCAGGCAGGAGACUUGCUUGUAAUCAAUGCUCCAUGUCCUUCCCUGAUACUGCCUCAUUGAAAACACAUAAGCAAUCACACAAGAGUCUUGGACAAGUACCACCAUACUCCUGCACUCAGUGUGGAAAGACCUUCACCCAAGCCUGUAACCUCAAAGUCCACCAGAAGAUUCACUCAGGGCAGGGGCUCCACCUCUGCAGCCACUGUGGAAAAGGUUUCCCUUCUUUCUCUGACCUAAAGACACACAAAUGUAGCCAAACAGGUGAAAAACCUUACUGCUGCACAGUGUGUGGGAACAAGUUUAGCCGGCUCUGGAAUCUAAAGUUGCACAGGAGAAUUCACACACAGGAAAAACCUCACCGGUGCACAAUGUGUGAUAAGAGUUUCACACGGGCAGACAUACUGAAGGUUCACCAGCGUACUCAUACUGGGGAACGACCAUACUGCUGUGCGGUCUGUGGCCUCAGCUUCAAACGCUUGGAUCACCUGAAGUCACACCAACGCAAACAUAUGACAGAUCUUUAAACAUUGGAAUAUUUGGAAGAGUGUUUCAAAGAAGAAAAGAUUAUGCAAUUUGAACACAAAUACACUUAUUUCGAACCCAAAGUUACAUAUUUUUCAAAGUACUUUGUUUUUUGUUCACGUUCUUUUUUGCACACAAAACAGAUUACAAAAACAACACACAGGCGUGUCAUGUUUGAAAUAAGGCACAUUUGCAAACAUUUGUUGUUCAAUUUUCUGUUUAUGAAAAAAGCCCUAAGUAACUUUUUGCCAGUGAUCACAUUAAAGAUUAAAGUCUUCAUCUAUAAAAUAAUCCCAACAUGAAUGGUCUUUCUCCUCAGUUGUAAAAUUACAUUUCUGUUAUUACACUCAUUCAACAAAGUAUUAUUUUCUUUCUUUUUUAACAAUUAUUCAAGUUUCAAGGACCCAGUCUUUUUCACCAGACUGUAACACGGCAGACACCAACUGUGUCAUGGGGACUUUCUUUAUUAUUUUCUUUUUGAACUAGAGUCUUCAUUGAAACUCAGCUGUGUAUUAAAUACCAUGAAGGAAAACUGAGGAUAUUUGAAAAUUUCCUUUUCAGUCAAACGUAUGCUGGAAUUUAAAAUCCUGAAUCAAUGACUAAUAAAGAUACCAAUUGUCAAGGAUAUUUUC